CCUCACGUUUUUCGGUGGUUGUAUUAUGUGUUUAUGAAAUGAACAAUAAUUAUAAUUUAUUGUUAUUUGAAUGAGUUAACAAGUUAUCAGUUAAAUAAUCCUGUAUGUAUUUUGUAAAAUUUUGUAUGUUUCAGAUUUUCUGAUAAUACCAUCUCAAGAUGUUAAGACAAGUAUUAUGUAGAAGUAUUGCAAAAUAUAAGAUCAUAGAGAAAUUCUUAGGAACCCAUCAAAGUUUACGGUUACAUAGAACUACGCAAUGUCUAAGGUGUAGUGAAAUUCAGGAAACUGAUCCAUUUGCUAUUGCUGAUGUACCUUCUAAAGAAGUCCAAAGAGAUUCGGAUAUUUUGGAAGAGAAAUUACGAAAAUCAAAAAAUUUUGAUGCUGUUUUUGAUUUGAUCUCAACUCAUUCUGAUAUAAUGAAUAAUAAACAUCUUUCUCUUGUUUUUUCCUCUUUAUAUGAUUGUUCAAAAGAACAAUCAAACAUCAAGCCAUUUAAUCCUUUUGAAGAUAAGCUCUUUUUGCAGUUGUGUACUCAGACUAUGAAACGUAUAAAACAUUUUACAAUUGAUGAAGUUAUUACAAUAUAUAAGACUUUAAGUUUUUUUAACAUUCCAAGCACAACAGCAAUAAUGAAAAGCCUGGGUCAGAUGUUAAGACAUAGCAUCAAUGAACUUUCUCUGGGACAGAUUAACUUUUUAAUAUUGUUAUUGGAAAGGCAACAGAAAACUCCAUUAGUGGAAGCUCUUUUAAUAGCAUUACCAUUAGUUCUUCAGUCACAGCUUGAAUUACAAAUAGAUCCUGAAAAUGUUAGUGAAAUGAUUAAUUGCUUAAAAACACUCACCAAGAAGAAGAUCAAUAAUUCUUCAAUUGAGAAGUUAACAAGCAUGCUUCUUCAAAAAGUCAACAUGCUUUCUACACGAGACGCUUAUUUAAUUUUUACCUGCCUUGCAAACACUCAGUAUAGAUGUAAUGAAACAAAUGAAGAACUCCUUUAUAAAUCAUUGGAUAUUCUUGGUCAAAAUAUUGAAGAAUUGAGUGAGAGAGCAAUAAGUACAGUUUUAAAUUUAAUGAAAGAUUAUAAAUUAUUUAAUAAAUAUUUGAUUGAAUCAUUAGUAACAAAAGCAAUUAAUGAACAAUGGGAUCUCUGGAAAUUGAGUUCAUUAUUAUAUUUGUGUAGUAAGAAUGAAUUUAUUCCAUUAGAGUUGUUAGAUUUUGUUGCAAGUAUGAUUAAAAUGCAUCCAAAAGAAGUAGAGCUAGAUCAGAGAAUAUCUAUACUUACUUUGUUGGAACCAUUUGCUUUGGUAGGAUAUGAGUCACCUGAGAUUGUUCAGUGUUGUAAGAUUAUAAGCUCUUGUGAAGAAAAACUGAAGUUAUUUCAAAAGAAUUCAAUUCCAUUGUUUGUGAAAAUAAAUAGCCACUUAGCUCAACUGAAGUGUCAUCCAUCGUCAUCAUUUUUCUCAGAGAAUGUCUUGUCUUCAAUUUUAAGGAAUAAUAUAAUAAACAAAGUUAAAAUAAAUUUUGCCCAAGAACUAUGCAUUAUUGAAUGGGCUACUAAAUUAUGUUUUGAUAAUUAUGAUGGUCCUUACUUGCCAAAUGACAUAUUCCAAGAAGUUAUGAGCAAAGUAUGGAAGGAAAAAUUGAAAACAAAUUUUCAGCUGGAUUCAUUUUUGAAACAUGGCCUUGGAGGAGAACAUUUCUUUCAAAUAAAUGUUAUGACAAAAUAUGGACAUGGAAUUGAUUAUUUAUUAGUUAUGAGAAAAGGUGGUUAUCCAAUUGCCAUAAGGAAUUUAGAAGCUACAGAAGAUGAGGAAAUUAAACAGAGGACAGAAAUAACAUUUGUUGAAGAUUUACAAAUACCACUAGAUUCUAAAAUUAUAACAAUUAUUGUGGCAGAUGAUUUGUGCUUUUGCAAAAAUUCUGGGCAUUUGAAAGGAUGGAUGAAAUUACAGAUACAAACAUUAGGAAAGUUAGGAUAUUUACCAUUAAUGGUAAAGUUAAAAGAUUGGGAGAGUUUACUAGAUCAUGAAAAAAUACCUUAUUUAAUGCGUGAAAUCCAGGAGAUUGUAAAGAACAGUGAAUUAGAAAAAGACGUAUAUCCUGCGAUAUAACUGUAAACAUCAAAUAGGAUCUAUGAUCUGCUUAAAAUAUUUUUUGUGAAAAUAAGAUAACAAAAAUAAAUUAUUUUAUGUAAAAACUAUUUUCCUAAUGUGUAUUCUUGCCAAAAGUUCUUAUCUUUAGGGAGAGAGAAAGAGAGUACAUGUGUUAUAUCUCAAGUAGGAUCAAACUUAAUGAAGAUUUUACUUAUUAUUAAAAUUGUAAAUGCUAAUAAUGCAUUUACAAAUUUUUACAAUAUAAUUUAAUUUUUCAUCUCUAUCCCCAAAUUAAACUUUUUGCCAUUUUAUAACAAUUAAUUAUAUAAAAAGUUUUAAUAAAAUACCAUAACAGAUGGCAUUACACACAGUUUUAAAUGUUGCUGGGAUAAUUACAGCUCUACUGGAUAUUUUUCUUAGGUGACACUGCUUGUUUUUCUCAACACUACCUUAAUUUGGAUGAGAUACCAUGAUCUAUUAGAGUAUUUUGUUAUUUUUUAGAUGUUUUUCAGAUCACAUAUCAAAUUGACAAGAAAAAAAAGAUGUUGAAGAAGUACAGCAGAUGUCACUUCAAUCAGAUGAUAAAAAUUUGAUUAUUGAAUCUGAAAAUGAAAGUAAUAUGGAUAAAAAUGACAUAGUUGAAGAAGGCACAGAAAACUGAUAUUGGAUAAGAAAUUUUUGAUGAUGAUGUUAUGCUAACAUAAUAUGUUAAUGUAUUGAUGCAUAUAUAGUGGCUAUUUAGUCAAUAUUCUCACUUUAAACUUUCAAAAACAUUCGUAAACUCAGAGU